UGGAUGUUAGCCUUACUUUUUCAAAGACUACAAAAUCUUUAAUUAAUCUUCUACUCCAUCUUACUUAACUAAAUCCUCUUGAAUUUCUUCCCAUAUUUCCAUGACUUCUUCUUCAAGUUCUUUCAAGAAAGCACCAAGCCUAAUUAAGAACCCUAGAAACUAAGAAAAAUGCCUGACAGCACCUCAGAAGAUCAUCCAUUGAAGUCUAUCAGAAUUAGGCCAGAAGGGAAAUUCUCUCGUCCACGAUUAUCCCAUGAGGUAUCAAUUUUUAUUGAUGAUUCUUUUGAAGUGUAUUAUAGGGAUUCUUCUGUUGGAGUUCCAUUCCUGUGGGAAUCACAGCCUGGUACACCUAAAGUCAAGUUCAGGGAAAGCACUCUUCCUCCACUGACACCCCCACCUUCAUUCCAUUCCAGUCCUGCGAGAAAUCUCACAAAAAUUCAUCACAAAUCGAAUCUGAUAGAGUCUAUUCUGCCUAAGAUAAGUGUUAAGAAAAGACUAGUCCAACAGUCAUCACCUUCCUCGUCAUCAUCUUCAUCGUUGUCAUCACCAUGGUCGUCACAUUCUGUGCCUUCGUCUCCAUUCAGUACUCCAAGUUCAAGCAAACAGCAGAACAGAAUUUCAAGUCCGAGGAUGUCUUUACAUUCCAGGAUAGAUGAAGAUGAUUAUGGAUCGUCUACAGGUACUUUGUGCUUUAAUGCUGGCCGUAGAUCCAAUGCUAGGUCACGAGGCUGCUCUUCGAAGAUAAUCAAGCUAUUGCUAGGAGAAUUUGCAUGAAUGUAGUGUUAUUAAUUAUUCAGCUAUAUACUUAGCAUAUUAUUUAGAAAAUAAUCGAAAUUAGUAUGCAGACGUUAAUAAUCUGUGGAUGAAGCAACUGCUUAUAUCAUUUUCAGCUAUUUUUAUUAAGUUAAUGGCAAUCUUUUGUUAGUAUA